UGAAGUACUGAGCGCUUGUCAAGAAGAUGGCGGCUUCCUGGGCUGCGUGAAAAGAUGUAACGUUAGAUUUAGCAAUAUCUACAGUGAAAGGCGCACCCAGGGUCGAAUUCGUUCUCUGAGUCCUCCUCGUGAUUUUUUAUUUAAGUUAACGAAUUGGAACGAAGAAGUGGACAUGGCUUCUUCGGGGACCUCGGUUCUGCAGCCGCGCUGGAAGCGGGUUUUGGGCUGGUCUGGCCCGGUUCCUCGCCCGAGACACGGACACCGAGCUGUGGCCAUUAAAGAGCUGAUGGUAGUGUUCGGCGGAGGGAACGAAGGCAUUGUGGACGAGCUGCACGUCUAUAACACAGCCACCAAUCAGUGGUUUAUUCCUGCUGUCCGCGGUGACAUUCCUCCCGGCUGUGCCGCAUAUGGGUUUGUGUGCGAUGGCACCAGACUCCUUGUGUUCGGGGGCAUGGUUGAGUACGGAAAGUACAGCAAUGAUCUUUAUGAACUACAGGCCAGUAGAUGGGAAUGGAAACGUUUGAAGCCCAAAGCCCCUAAGAAUGGCCCACCUCCAUGUCCUCGCCUGGGCCACAGCUUUUCCCUGGUUGGAAACAAAUGCUAUUUGUUUGGUGGAUUGGCAAAUGACAGUGAGGAUCCCAAAAACAACAUUCCCAGAUACCUGAAUGACCUCUACACUCUUGAGCUUCGCCCGGGGUCUAACAUUGCAGGCUGGGACGUCCCUAUUACAUAUGGUGUGCUUCCCCCUCCUCGGGAGAGCCACACUGCUGUUGUCUACACAGAGAAAACGUCCAAAAAGUCUCGUCUCAUCAUCUAUGGAGGCAUGAGUGGUUGCCGUCUUGGAGACCUCUGGACUUUAGACAUAGAUACAUUAACCUGGAACAAACCUGCCAUAAGUGGUGUGGCACCUUUGCCCCGCAGUCUCCACUCUGCCACAACUAUAACCAACAAGAUGUUUGUGUUUGGUGGCUGGGUUCCUCUGGUCAUGGAUGAUGUCAAAGUAGCAACACACGAGAAGGAAUGGAAGUGCACUAACACACUGGCCUGCUUAAAUCUAGACUCAAUGUCUUGGGAGACUAUCUUGAUGGACACACUCGAAGAUAAUAUCCCAAGGGCCAGAGCCGGACACUGCGCUAUGGCUAUAAACAAUAGGCUGUACGUCUGGAGUGGAAGAGACGGCUACCGCAAAGCCUGGAACAACCAAGUUUGCUGCAAAGAUCUUUGGUGUUUGGAAACUGAUCGUCCUCAGCCUCCGUCACGUGUGCAGCUGGUCCGUGCCAACACCAACUCUCUGGAGGUGAGCUGGGGGGCGGUGCCUACUGCUGACACUUACCUGCUGCAGCUGCAGAAAUACGACAUCCCUUCUGCAACAGCUGCAACAUCACCAACGAUCAACCCCAUCCCGUCUUUACCCGUCAACUCGCCUAAGAGUCCGGUACCCGCCACUGUUGCUCCUGCAAGCCAAAGCUUGCCCCUGUCUGGGGUCACAAUGGUGCCACAGGUUCCUUCCCCCACCACUGCCAUGCCAAGCAGCCCGCUUGCAGCCGCAUCUCGUGGACCAGCUAUUCUUAAAGUGGCAGCACCUCAUUCUUCCCCCGGGACAUCAGUCGUUACUGUGCGUCAGGCCACUCCAGGAGGGAAAUCCCCAGUCACAGUUACAUCACUUCCUGCAGGUGUCCGCAUGGUUGUCCCUGCACAGAGUACCCAGGGGACGCCAAUUGGCAGCAGCCCUCAGAUGAGUGGCAUGGCUGCUUUGGCUGCAGCUGCAGCUGCCACACAGAAGAUCCCACCCUCUCCCGCGACCACUGUGCUAAAUGUUCCAGCUGGGGCCACCAUCAUGAAAACCGUCGCUCUGACUCCUGGAUCCACUACUCUGCCAGCUACUGUCAAAGUAGCUUCUCCCGUAAUGGUUACUAAUCCUGCGACCCGAAUGCUGAAAACAGCUGCGGCUCAGGUCGGCACUUCCGCCAUCUCUACUCCUAACACGCCGACUCGGCCAAUCAUCACUGUGCACAAAUCGGGCACCGUAACCGUAGCCCAGCAGGCUCAGGUCGUCACCACCAUGGUCGGAGGAGUCACCAAAACUAUAACCCUUGUUAAGAGUCCAAUUACAAUGGGUGGCAGCGGUCCUCUGCUCUCCAGCCUUGGGAAGAUGAUGUCUGUUGUCCAGACCAAACCAGUACAAACCUCGGCAGUCACCGGGCAGGCUGGAAGCAGUCCUGUCACUCUAAUACAACUAAUAGCUCCCAGCUAUAAUCAUCUGCAGGCAACUGAUUACAAAAAAACAAAGACUCCUCUGCCUGCUGGUACCAUCCUGAAACUGGUCACAUCUGCUGAUGGCAAGUCAACCACAAUCAUUACAACUACACAGGCAGGAGGGACUGGCACCAAACCCACUAUCCUGGGAUACAGCACAGUCUCUCCAACUACCACCAACAAACCAGGAACCACCAUUAUUAAAACAAUUCCCAUGUCUGCUAUCCAACAAGGAGCAACAGGUCUGACUAGCAGUCCUGGCGUCAAGUCCCCCAUCACAAUUAUCACCACUAAGGUUGUUACUCCUGGCACAGGUGCUCCGGGGAAAAUCAUAACUGCUGUGCCAAAGCUGACAGGUGCAGGACAACAAGGUGUCACACAGGUGGUCCUGAAGGGGGCGCCCGGACAGCCAGGCACUAUCCUGCGCACUGUGCCUAUGGGUGGAGUGCGUCUGGUUUCACCAGGCACUGUCUCUGCUGGAAAACCAACUGUUACCACACUGGUUGUCAAGGGCACCACGGGAGUCACAACUCUGGGUACAGUAACUGGAACUGUAUCGAGUAGCGUGGCAGGGGCCAAUGUGGCAAGCGCUAAUGCCAGCCUGGUGACUCCAGUCACCACACUUGGUUCCAUUGCCACAUUGUCCAGCCAGGUGGUCAAUCCCACAGCUAUCACUGUAUCUGCUGCUCAGACCAACCUUGCCACCGCUACAAUACAAUCAGCAAACCAACCUACUCAAGUAACCCUGAUCACGACUCCAAGUGGUGCUGAGGCUCAGCCUGCACCGGAUCUUCCUGUCUCCAUCCUGGCCUCUCCCACCUCAGAGCAGCCCUCCACCACUGGUGCUGAUGAUGGUGCUGGCGAUGGUGCUGCCACUGUGACGCUGGUCUGUUCCAACCCUCCAUGUGAGACACAUGAGACUGGAACGACUAACACCGCUACAACGGCUUCUGCCAAAAUGGGUACCGAACAGACUUGUUCCAACCCUCCCUGUGAGACCCAUGAGACUGGAACAACCAAUACGGCUACAACCGCUUCUGCCAAAAUGGGUACCGAACAGACUUGUUCAAACCCUCCCUGUGAGAUGCACGUGACGGGCACCACCAACACUGCAACCACGGCCUCUGUGAACAUGGGCACGUCACAGCAGGUCUGCACCAACCCACCCUCAGAGACCCAUGAUACGGGCACCACCAACACAGCCACCACUGCCAGCUGCAACAUGGGUUCUAAAGAGAUGGAAACUGUGAACAGCAAGACAUCAUCUUCGGAAGCUACAUCUUCAUCUUCUGGUUCAGAACCAGAAACACCCGUCUCAGAAAGCAGUGCUGGAUCAAGCAGAAUGCGGCCGAAGAAUCUCCGCACAGGUACCACCAACACCUCCACUACUGCCCGCUCCAACAUGGGCUCAGACCAGACGGGAACAGUGCAGAGCUCCAACAAAAGCCAAGCCUCCAUCUCCUCUACGCUGAUGCCGAUUUGCUCCAGCCCUCCCAGUGAAACAAGUGAGACAAGCACCACAAACACUUCAGAGGUGUCCGGUGGUGACCAGCACGUCUGCUCAAAUUCUCCCUGUGAAUCACACGAGACUGGCACGACCAAUACGGCUACGCAGUCAAGCUCCAGUAUGGAUAGUGGGCAAACCAACGUUGUGCAGAGCCUGUGUUCCUAUCCACCAUGUGAAACCCAUGAACCAGGCAGAACCAACACGCCAACUCAGGCCUCGUCUUCUAUUGGUUCUGCACAGAACAACACUGUUCAGAGCACAUGUUCCAAUCCACCAUGUGAAACCCAUGAGACCAGCACCACAAACGCAUCAACCCAGGCCUCGUCUUCUAUUGGUGCUGGACAGAAUGGCACUGUGCAGAGGGUGUGUUCCAAUCCACCAUGUGAAACCCAUGAAACAGGCACAACAAACACAUCAACCCAGGCCUCAUCUUCUAUUGGUGCUGGACCAAAUGACACCGUUCAGAGCGUGUGUUCAAAUCCACCCUGUGAAACCCAUGAAACGGGCACGACAAACACAUCAACCCAGGCCUCAUCUUCUAUUGGUUCUGGACAGAACAACACUGUUCAGAGCGUGUGUUCCAAUCCACCAUGUGAAACCCAUGAAACAGGCACAACCAACACGCCAACUCAGGCCUCAUCUUCUAUUGGUUCUGGACAUAAUGACACUGUUCAGAGCGUGUGUUCCAAUCCACCAUGUGAAACCCAUGAAACGGGCACCACAAACACAUCAACCCAGGCCUCAUCUUCUAUUGGUGCUGGACAGAAUGGCACUGUGCAGAGGGUGUGUUCCAAUCCUCCCUGUGAAACUCAUGAGACUGGCACCACCAACACAGCCACCACAGCUACCAGUAGCUUAGAAACUGGAGAAGAAACAGCCCAGCAGACCGGUGAUGGACAGAGUGACAGUGGCACCAGCUCAGAACCCACAUCAUCUACAGAACCAGCUAAUCCCACAACCCAAAACAGAGCCAUCACCACAGUAACACAGGCCACGCCCACUCCAGGACCAUCAGUACCGGAAAUUUCGUCUAUGGCUGGAUCUGUGGUAGUGGCUGAGGCUCCGGGCGAGGCGGAGGCCAUGGAGCAGACCAGCACUGAGGCCGUAGCAGUGGGAGAAGAGCCUAUGCAGACUGAGUGUCAGGGAGAGCUGGGUGAAGAGAGAGCGGUCAGGGUCGUUGCCAUAGAUGAAAGUGCAGGGGGAGAGGAGGGCACCAUGCUUCAGGUUCAUGUCGCCAUGGAAGCACAGCCAAGUCAAGAGGAUCAGGCUGAGCAGAUGGAGGCCGGUGUGGAGGGCGCAGAAGCAAUGAGUCUCGCAGCUCAGGACUCAGAAGCCCUCGCUUUGCCCCAGGAGCUGAUGUCUGCAGAAGGACAGCAAACCACUCUCAUGGUGACUGGACUGACUCCAGAGGAGCUGGCUGUGACGGCAGCGGCCGAGGCUGCAGCACAGGCUGCGGCUACAGAAGAAGCGCAGGCCCUCGCCAUACAGGCUGUCCUACAGGCGGCUCAGCAGGCUGUGCUCAGUGAGGGGGACGCAGGUCAGGACGGGCAGCAAUCCACCACCAUUCCUAUAGUUUUGACCCAGCAGGAGCUCGCUGCUCUGGUUCAGCAGCAGCAGCAGCUCCAGGAGGCGCAGGCGCAGGCGGCCGCAGCCCAACAGUUAAGUGCUGCAGCAGCUGCAGCUGCUCUGCCCACUGAAGCCUUGGCACCAGCAGACAGUCUCAACGACCCAGCAUCUGAGAGCAACGGCCACGAGAUGGGAGCCGUGGCCCGUCUCCUUCCACGUACUUCUGCAGAGACUCUUGCCCCAUCAAGUACUUUUGCACCAUCUCAGCCAAUCGUGGUCGCCAGUCCUGCCAAGAUGCAAGCGGCCACUGCUUUAGCUGAGGUAGCCAAUGGGAUUCAAUCAGCAGCUGGGAAGCAAGAAGCUCCUCCAGCCGUUGUAAAGCCACCAGUGAAGAAAGAGAAUCAGUGGUUUGACGUUGGAAUUGUUAAAGUCACAAACAUGGUUGUCACACACUAUUAUGUGCCAGCAGACGAUUCAGCGGCUACUGAUGAUGAUUCUGGCGCAAUCCCAGAUUACAGCCGAAUGAAGAAGAUUGAGCUUUCUCCAGGCACUGCAUAUAAGUUUCGCGUGGCCGGUAUCAACGCAUGUGGCCGUGGGACGUUCUCUGAGGUCUCUGCGUUUAAGACCUGCUUACCUGGCUUCCCUGGAGCACCGUGUGCCAUCAAAAUCAGCAAGAGCCCCGAUGGUGCUCACUUGACCUGGGAGCCUCCUUCAGUGACGUCAGGGAAGAUCAUUGAGUAUUCAGUUUAUCUGGCCAUCCAGAGCUCACAAACAGUCGAGGCUAAAGCGUCCGCUCCGGCUCAGCUUGCCUUUAUGCGGGUGUACUGUGGGCCCAGCCCAUCCUGUCUAGUGCAGUCAUCUAGUCUCUCUAAUGCCCAUAUUGACUACACCACCAAACCCGCCAUCAUCUUCCGCAUCGCCGCACGCAAUGAGAAGGGCUACGGUCCCGCAACACAAGUCAGGUGGUUACAAGAAACCAGUAAAGAUGGCUCUGCGGCCAAACCUGCAGCAAAAAGGCCGGUCUCGUCCCCUGAUAUGAAAGGCACUGGUCAAAAGAAGGCCAGAUCUGACCAGUGAGCUCACAUGACCCCUGACCCCACCCUGUUUAUGAGCUGAACCAUGACUGAACUCCAACUCCUGCUGAAAGACCUUCCUGCUUCCACUUAUUACCCCUUUCAAUCAUAUGAAACAAAAUGGAAGGAAACUGCAGUCAAAAAUAGAAAAACGCACACAAAAAAGAAAAAGAAAUCUGCUCGCAUCACUGGACAUUUUGGUGCCAUGGACGCCUUAUUACCAACUGUAUUUUUUUAAAACCCAUAAAUGUUCCUCCUCAGAAGCACAUGCAUUUGCUUUUCCUGACAAUUCUGUGUAAAGAUAUUCCAACAGCGUUCAGUCUAGUCAUAACUGUUAUCAGAUACUUGUUCUUGUUUUCCUCCCUUAAGCUUAUUUCAAUACAAGCAAUAGAUAACAGAAAAAUAACUUUACUCUCUUGUCAGUUUGUUGAUGUUUUUAUUAUUUGGCCAAGUCUAUAUUUCAACCACGUGCUGAAAGGAGACGGAGAUACAGAGGAGGGAAUGUGGACAGCGAAACGAAGCAGGGAAAUGCAUUGAAAUCAAAUGAAAACGAACAGCACUUGAUGCUUCUGAGGGAAAAGACUCUGUUCAUUCAGAGAACCUGUAAUUAUUCAUUCACUUCCAGUUCGGUAGCCUGUUUUGCAUCACUGUGUGUUCAUACAUUUGCUGUAAGGGACAAUUUGUGGACCGCAACGCUGAAGACGAAAAGGACUUCAAUCCAUGUAUAUGAAUAAAAAGAAAAGCAUACUACUUUUUCAUUGCGUCAACUAGAUCUUGUAUAGAGAGAGAGAGAGGGGAAAAAAAUAAAAAAAAUAGUAAAUGGUGAUACAGGAGUUAUUUGUGUGUGGUUUAUUUUUGUAAUUAUUAUUAUUAUUAUUAUUAAUUUUUUUUAAAUAAGAAAAGGUCUUUCCUUGUCAUGUAUUUGUGCUUCAGGGCGCAGUUUUAAACCUCACACCUCUCCUCAUCCCUGUAGACUCAUGCCACAGUGUUUCCCGUGUUCAUGAAUGAUUUGACCUUUAUUUUGGGAACUGUAGUGUAAAAUGUAUGUAUUUGUUCUGAUCAAUGACCGACCCUCUUUUGAGGUUUCUCCACUUUUUCUUUUCUUUUUUAUUUCCUCACCCAGCUUUUUAUUUUUUGGCAUUUAUAGAAGCAUACUACAGAAAAAAAGAUGCUUUUAUUUUUAUUUCCCCCAUGUCAUUAGUCUAUAGUUCUUGUACAUUUACUUUUCUGAAUCUCAUUUUACUUUUAUACGCUUGGUUUUGUGAGUUGGUAGAUACGAAUUGGGAUUCUUCUCAAGCUGUGCAGCAAAAGUUUGAACUAUUUUCAUUCUCUGCUUAAGUCCGUUUGGACUUAUUUUGGGAUGCAGGCCUGUGUAAAUGCUAAAUUGGUGGAAAUUAAGUAGAGGUUUUGAUGAGUAUAUCUUUCUUUGAAUGGAAGUGAGAAACAGUUUGUUCCUGUUUCUAGCGGUUGGAAGUCGUUGCAGAUGGAUUGUUGGCUUAGCCAGAGUUUGAACUCUGUUGUAAAUUAGUUAUUUCACGUAGCAAGACGUUAAAACGAAAAACUCUUUGCCUUUUUUAUAUAAUUAUCUGUAACAAAAUGUUUUUACAUGUUGUCAUCUAUUGAUUGCUUUUGUGUCUUGACAUAUAAAAGUAAUGGAAAUCUG